GGUUGUGUCACUCCCUGUUCAAAGUACAACAGUCCCUCCUCCUGCACCUUGAUUGGCCAAACCCUUACUCUUGCCUAAGCCACAUUUACACCUUCAGUCACUGAAGACCUGUAAGAAGAACGCUCUUUUGUUUUUCUUAAUAAAUCUGAGUGGGCAUGUAUGGUUUGUUUAAACUUUAAACAUGUUUUGGAAAUCUUUUAUAAUUGUAUUUUUGUUGGUGACCUCAGGAGAAGCAAGGAAGACAUUUCUCAGUUUUCUGAACAUACAAAAUACAGAUAUACUGUCGUUUACAAAAACAGAAGAAACUGUCAUUGUAAGGUCCAGCUAUAAAGAUAAACGGCCUAACUCCAGCUACCUCUCUGUGAAGUCAGAAGACCCUAAAGUGCUGAAGGUGGUGAAUGUGACCAAGACCUCACUGGGCAUCAUAGACUUUGCCAUCAAACUCAUGACCUUUCCAGGAGAGACGAAUCUGACCAUGCAGCUCUGGGAUUCUGAAGGUAGGCAAAAGACACUCAUCGAAGAGAUAAAGAAUGUCAAAGUGAGAGUGCUCAGACAGACCAAGGGCGGCAGCCUUUUCCAGGCACCGGUGCCUGUCAACGGAUACAUCUUUGUGCUUCUUUUAUCGAUGAUCUUUUUAAAUAAAUGUGCCUUUGGCUGCAAGAUUGAAUUGCAGGUACUUCAAACAGUAUGGAAGAGACCUUUGCCAACACUUCUUGGGGCGGCUAUACAGUUUUGUCUUAUGCCAUUCUGUGGUUUUCUUUUGGCUCAGAUUUUGGGACUGCCGAAGGCACAAGCGUUCGGAUUUGUAAUGACCUGCACAUGUCCAGGAGGAGGUGGGGGCUACCUUUUUGCUCUCCUUCUGGAGGGAGAUGUCACUUUGGCCAUUUUGAUGACUUGCACAUCAACGUCUCUGGCCCUGAUAAUGAUGCCCAUCAACUCUUACCUAUACAGUAGGCUAUUAGGGUUGGCAGGGAUAUUUCAUGUUCCUGUUUUAAAGGUUGUGUCUACUCUUCUUUUCAUACUUAUACCAAUAUCAUUUGGUAUAGUCAUCAAGCACAGGGCACCUGAAAAAGCAAUCUUUCUAGAGAGGGUAGUAGGACCUCUGAGUUUGACUUUAAUGCUUGCAGGGAUCUAUUUGGCUUUUCAGAUGGGCUUGGUCUUUCUGAGAAUGGCUAGCCUACAAGUGUUUCUUUUGGGGCUUUUGAUUCCUGCACUGGGCUUUUCAUUUGGCUAUGCCUUUGCUAAAGUCUACAUGCUGCCUCUUCCAGUUUGCAAAACGGUUGCUAUCGAAACUGGGCUAUUGAACAGUUUCUUAGCGCUGGCCAUUAUUCAGCUCUCUUUUUCACAGUCCAAGGCAUAUGAAGCUUCUGUAGCACCUUUUAUAGUAGCCAUGUGUUCCGGGUGCGAAAUGUUACUGUUCCUUCUGAUCUACAAGGCCAAGAAAAGACAGAUUCUCAGCAUAGAAAAUGAAAAAACUUCUCUAGUCUAAAACUUACAGCACCCUUAAUUAUAAUCCUGGCUGGUGUACUGUAGGAGAUUCGAACUACACAUAAAAUAAUGCCUUUCUAAAGUCACAGUAAAACUUGUUAAAAGCUUGACAUGGGAAGUGAGGAAAUUAUUCCCUCCAAUACUUUCAUUGUAUGUUUGAUAUGUGUGUGUGUGUAACAUAUGGGUGUGUAUGCUGUUACAUACAUACGUGUGUUUGUGUGUGUGUGUGUGUGUAUUAUCCAUUACCCAUGCUUUGUGUGUACCUGUGACUGACACAGUACAUACUGAGAAGGGGGAUUAUGAUACCCUUGCAGUGUGUUAGUUUGGUAUUGAUUUUAUAAUCUCUUAAUGAGGAACAGCAAUGGGAAGAAUCAGUGACUCUUGUCUAUCCUAAGUUUUUAGGGAAAGAAUGUCCUUAUGAAGGGGCAGUAAAUGCUGACUCAGGGAAUGAGCAUGCAAAUUCCUACCCGGCAUCGCCACUACUUCAUUUAGAGGCAGUGUGUCUUGAAGCUUUGUUUUCACAGCCACAUGUGCUUCUGACUUCUGUACUCCCCACCAAAGGCACUGCCACUUAUCUGGAAAAGACAGCUCCGUCAUCUGUCCUUUUUAAAAAUGGUCAACUUCAUUUUUGCAAAAUGUUUCAUCUGAUACCUGCACCAGCUUCCUCCCUAUUCCCAGAGCUAUUGCUUUUGUUAUUGCUUCCCUAAACCUUUCCAAACUGCCUUUGGCUUUAAUUCUACUUAGUCACAUUAAUCUUAUAAAAGUCUAACUUGGAUUGCAUAGUUUCCUUGCAAAUGGUACAAAACCUGUUUGCCAUCUACAUAAAGCUUUGGUAAAGCAUUUGUGCAUUCUAUUCAAUACAACUUUCCAGUUUGUUUUCUACAACUUCUUGACAUAAAAGUCUUUGCGUGCCAUUAGGGCUUUGACUCAGGUUCUGACUCUGCAUAAUGCACAGGUUUUUGUAUUAUCCGGAUCUUUGCUUUUGUAUAAAGCAGAGUUUAGUGUCUCUUGGAUGUACCUUGUUUUUUAGGACAAGAGGGAUGCCAAGAGUGCCUUAGCCGGCACUCAGGAAGCUGAGGCAGAGGGCUGCUGUGACUUUGAACCUAUCCUAGUCUCAUAAGUGAGUUCCAGGAUAGCCUAUAGCAAGUAAUCAUCAAUAAACAAAUAAAUACAGAAAGCACUGAUGGGCCAGGUUUAAAUUUUAUCUUUACUUUUUAAGUUUGUAGUUCUUAGGAGUGAUAAGUCCACUCCACUAUUCAUAGAAUAACAAUUCUAUGAUAAUGAUAUAUAUCCUUAUAACCUGGAACCUGCUAACACUACAAAAAAUGUUAGAUAUUUUGACUAAUAUUUGCAACUCCUACCUACGUUCCAUAAAACAUGAAAUCAUAUUAAAUAACAUGGAGACAGAGUCUUCUCCUGAGUAGCUCACUUGGUCUAUAUAGACUUGAUCAUUUUACUCUCAGUCAAUAAUUAUUCUUUUGUGGGCUUUGGGAGAUCACAUGGGUUUUCGUAUUUGCUUAGGCUAGUAGAUCAGAGCCCUCCCCUUGUAUGUGUGUGUAUGUGUGUUUAAAAUUUCUCUGUCAUCUCAGAGUUUUCCUCUUGUCAUAUAUGGAGGUCUCUACAAUGAGCAGAACCAACUUCCAAAUACUCAAUAAGAGGGCUUUGUACUUUGUGGCUCCAGCUUGCAGCAGUGCUAUAAUGGAACCAGAACAUCAGACACUGUUGUGUACUUCACUAUCAGAAGGCUCUUGGCAGCAAAAUGGACUGUUUGUGCUGGAAAACCACUGGAGUUCCUGCUCAUCUGAUGUAGGAAGCUAGUAAUAGCUUUAACAUAAAGACGUCUGAUAUUUGUGCUCUCAUCCAUCUUAUUUCAAAAUGCUUACAUUGAUUUUAACAGCUUUGCCAAGUCAGUGGAACAACUUUCACUCAUGAAAAGUUUAAAGAUGGUAUUUCUUCAAAUGCCUAGGGAAUUUCAUUUGGCCUGUCAGCAUGCAUUUGAUACAAUAUUUAUUUGGUCUUUUGACAGGUCAAAAAAAACACAAAUAUUUGAUGGAGGUAUCCAAAGCUGUUUAUUAAGGAGGCAUUUUUCAGAAGGGCAGAGACAGGUCUCUGCUCUUUGAGAUUUACAAAUUGGAUUCACAUUCCUGCCACUCAUCUGAGACAUCAUUGUACAUUGUUAAUAAUUUCUUGUCCUGAUUAAAUCAAGAGAAACAGUCAUUUCACAAGCAAUGAUGUCAGGACAUUGGGUCCUCUUGUGGGUAGGUCAUCUGUGUGGACUUUUCCACUUAAAAGUUAACAUACCUACCAUGAUACCUGACAUGUUUCAUGUGAGGAAACAUUUCAAGAACAAGAGACUAGUCCUCC